GGAAGAGGAAGAGGAAGUUGGGGGACGGUCCUAGCCGGGAGUGAACCGGAAGUGCAAGCGCUCCUGCUUCUCCGCGGCCAGGCGGAACCUGCUCUGCUGGGCCCGGUGGCCGCAAAAAAAAAAAAAAACUUUUCUUUCUCCCGCCCUAACGGUCGCCGCGGCCAACUGCCUCGCCCGCCUGGCCGCCUACCCUGCCUUUUCUUCUGUGCGGCUACCGCGCGGCCCUGUGUCCUUCUCGCCCGGCGGUAUCCGCUUGCCGCUGCCACCGCCUCCUCGUCUUGCUGUCCGGCCAGCCGGCCCGCUCCGCUGCAGUGAUGUGCGACAAGGAGUUCAUGUGGGCCCUGAAAAACGGAGACCUGGAUGAGGUGAAAGACUAUGUAGCCAAGGGAGAAGAUGUCAACCGGACACUAGAAGGUGGAAGAAAGCCUCUUCAUUAUGCAGCAGAUUGUGGACAGCUUGAAAUCCUGGAAUUUCUGCUGCUGAAAGGAGCAGAUAUUAAUGCCCCAGAUAAACAUCAUAUCACACCUCUUCUGUCUGCUGUCUAUGAAGGUCAUGUUUCCUGCGUGAAAUUGCUUCUGUCAAAGGGUGCCGAUAAGACUGUGAAAGGUCCCGAUGGACUGACUGCCUUUGAAGCCACUGACAACCAGGCAAUCAAAGCCCUUCUUCAGUGAUGGACGGAUGGGCUAACAGCUCUGGAAGAAUGACUCUCCUGUGGCCUCACACUGCUGCCUGUCUGUCUGUCACUCUCUAUCUGCCAGCUUCUUCAGCUAAAAUACUUUUAGAGGGGUGAGGGGAGAGAGAAAUUCAUAACAAAUCAGACUACCAGGAAAAAACAAAAAAAAAAAACAAUGUUUGGGAGGAGAGGAAAAAACAAGAUCAGGCUUUUACUAGGAUUCCUGAUCAGGUCAGCCUCUUUUCCAUUUCCAGUUAAAAAAAACAACUGAUACCCCAUGGGAGAGCAAAGAGAAAACAUACCGUUAACAUUUGACCUUUUCAGCUCCCUAGCUAAUUUAUUAAUUAGAUUGUGUUGAGGGUCUGACUAUACCAAGGCCAACUAUACAUUUGGUAGCCCUAUCUGUGUGAGCAAUAGUGGCUGCUGUGACGAAACUUAGGGUGCUGAGACAAGCAAUUAGCUCUAGCCUUCUGCCUUAAGAUGCACUCUCGUGGGGAUCUCCCGGCGUCGUUAAGGGCGCUGCCUGUGGUUGGUGACCAAAUCUCCCCUGGUGACUUCCAGCUUUACAUGAGAGCUCGGUUAAGGCGAGGGGGCGCACACUCCUCCGCUGCUGGACGGCUGGACUUUGGGUUUCCUCUCCCCCUUCACAUGGAUUUCAUGUAUCUUUAGGUAAAACUGACUAGUUUUAUUUAUAAAAUCUCAAAUUUUGGAAGUCUAAAGGAGAAAUCAUUCCAGUCUGCAUUUUUCUUUUUUUCCUCCUCUAGAUUCAGACAUAUAACAUUGAAACACUUUCCAACUCCUGCUGGUAGUAAAAGGGGAUUUAAAAAUAGAAUCAUAGCCAUAAGCCUGUUAGAUAAAGAGAGAACAGUUGUCUUAGUACCUAUGGAUUUUCUUCAUUUGCUGUUUGAAUAGAUUGGCCUCAGUUCUGUUUGGAGAAUCAAGGAACAUUCUUUUGGAAUGCCUCUCUCAGACCCACCUUGGAUGCUGAUUACUUACUGCGCACCAAAGCUUUCACUGGGGUGAGAUUUACUGUUUGGACCAGUUUAACCCCAUCUCUUAAAAAUACGCAUGUCACCAGGUUUCCCAGAGUUGUUGAUAGGCUUCUGCUGAAUGUAUGCCAGCCCACCUGCCUAAUAUAUUUUUGUUUCUUUUCUCUUUCAUGCAUUGCAUAAAGUGGGACACCUUCAAAUUAUAUUCUGUAUUUUUAAAAAUACAGCGCCCUAAAAUGGUGUUCUGACCUGCAGAAAAUAGUUAGACACAUUUUCCAAUGUUUAUUUCUUGAGCAGUACAGCUGAUUAAAACAUAUACCCUUAAAUUUGCUGUCCUGCCUAUAAAACAAGAUUCAUUCGACUUGCCAUCCAUAUAUGCUUGCUAAAAAUACUAGCGUUUUUCCUUAGCCAUGUCAUGCAAUAAUUGAAUGUACCUCAAAUUUUUAAAAGUGGGGGGAGGGUGGGUUAGGGACUUGUAUUCAGAUUGUGGUUAAUAAAGAAUUAAUGACAAUUUUUUAAGGCCAUGUAGCAUCCUACAGCAGGGUUAAACUAGUACCAAGAACAGUCAGCCUGGCCAAUAACAAAUUUUACUGACCAGUUGCUGAUUGGUUGGUUGAUGUGUGGGUUUGUUUGUGUGUAUUUUUCCCCAGUGAACCCUUUUUUUAUCCUGUGGCUUUUUCACUUAAAACUAGCUUAACCCUGGAAUUUUCCUGUGUCAAAGUAAACAAUCACAGAAUACUAGUUUAAAUACUUUGAUACCUGUGGCUAAUUCUGCUGUCUUGAUGCAGGCUAUUAGAGUUGGAUUAGAAGUCAGUAAUUAGUGCUUUAUGACAUCACUGCACUGAAACACAGUGAUCCUCGCUGAAGAUGGAGGGCACUCUAUCAGUGUGUACGGUCAGCGUACAAGGUGUUCUGGUAUCUUUGUUUUCGCUUCUUGGCAUACUGCUGUUUAAAAGACUCGACUUUUACUCUCUACACAGUUUUCACCUUUAUUUUCCAAGUGUUUUCUGUAGUGGGCUACUGUAGAGAGUGUGCUGUUCUAUCAUUCCUAAACCUGGUCUGCUUCCUCCAGUCACCUGGUCCAGAGACCACGUGAUUCUUUGUACAGUUUAUCCUGGUGUUCCUUGUAAUGCAGUAGAGGCUACUUUGCCUUCCCUCUUCUUUCUCAGCCAUUUUGUAAACCCCGUAAUUAUGAAGCGGUUGCUUGAGAAAAUAACAGAUAAACAUAGAAUAGACUGACCAAGAUGGUUUAGAGUUUUGUUUUGUUUUUUUUUAACUAGGUUAUUUAUAAUGUAUUUCUGAACCACUUGGCAGAGAAAUUUACAACACUUAAUGUUUGUAUUUUGAGUAAAGAAAGCUAAAACCUUGUCUGCUUUUUUGGUACUACAUGCAUUAGUAAAAGGUUAAGUAAGUUUUGUUCGCCACUGCAGUAAUAUUUAACAUCUCAGAAAAAAAUUUUGCAUGUUCUGUAGUUUUGUAUUAAGUCAUUCUUUUCAUAUGCACUAUUUCAAGUGAAAACAGGUGGUUUACCUGUCUACAUUAGUAUCCUAACAGAUUCCCCCUUGCAGCUUCCGACUGGUGUCUUGAGACUUACAGUUCAGCUCCGGCACCGGAAUCGACCCAGUAGUUCUCUGCACAACUCACCUUCUAAACCCAGUGGGGCAUGAAGGAGAAGUAGGUGGAUGCCAUGGAUGGAAGCUGUCAGCAAGCAGGCCCUUCAUUCAUUGAUUUCCUUCCCCCAAAUAAUGGAUUUCAAAUCUAUAUGUACUUAUUUGAUUUUUUUCCCCUAAAACUUCAACUAAGCUGCUGUUUUCUUCCAUGCAAUAUUGUGUACUCGAUUGUGUAUAGAAGAAGCUGGUGAGAGUGCCCUCCUACAUAAGCAAUUGCAGUGUUUGCAUGCAAAAUUUUAAAAAAUUUAAAUUGUCCUGAUUCUAUUUUGUAAAUGGAGAAACAAUCAUAUCUUUCUAAGCAGUAAUGGAGGAAGACUAGUGCUUUGUGCAUUUUGAUAUAUUUGAGUUCAUUUUUUCCACAAUGUAAUACAUUUGACACAGUUGGGUUUCUCAUAUUAUCCUAGUUCAUGUACAUCAGAAUGCUAAAUAAUACUGUGUUUAAGUUUUGUGUUGCAAGAACAAAUGGAAUAAACUUGAAUUGUGCUACA